CUCGACGCUGGCGCUAGGCCCCAGGGGCGGCGAUUCUGGGAGAAGGGUUUUUCAUUCGCGGUCCACCCGGUGCUCCGAUGUGGGCUACGUGCCACGCACGAAGAGCUAGUCCAGACGUGCUGCCGAACUCGAAUCCGUUCGCGCGCCGACGUGCCCGCACGGAUUGACCGCGUGUAGAAGCAGCGUCGUGCUCUUGAAGCGCUCGUUUCUGAAUGGGCCAGAUCGAAAGAGUCCUUGGAUGUCUGUGACCCAGUGAUCUUCGUGGCAAUGCUCGUCGCCUUUUGAUGCACGCCACCCUUGACGUUGUUGCUUGUGCCGGAAAGAGGGGUGUGGUGUGGGAGUGAUAUGCGCGUGUGUUUCUUGUGCUCCCUAGCGUGGCACCAAGAUCGCGUUUCAAAACAGGGGUUACUUGUAUGGUGAGCUCUUUAGUAUACGCUUUACGAAGACACUUUUCAUGCUCUCGAAGUGACAAAGUCACUAUUGGGUGGUCAUUUUCUUUAAACGAUGGCCGACUCGUAGAGACAGUACGUUCAACGUGAAAAUCUCCGCGGUAGCCGAUACGGUGAGUGCUCGCUCAAAGCCAUCGGGGUCGGGAAUAAGGAAAGCGUCGAACCCUCAACCAUGGCCAGUCCGAGCAAGUCCCUCUCUGUGAACUUCUUCGUCUGCUGCGUCCUGGUGCUCUGCGCCCUGCUGGUUAUUCUCCUUCCGAUACUGGGCCAGCUAUGGCAGGUGGUUCCGGAGCUUCGGAGCGUGGAAGUGGCAUGCCGCUUCCAAGGGAUCUUCCUGGCAAUGGCUGCGGUGUGCGGCCUGGCCGCUUAUUGCCACCGCUCCUCCAGGCUUCAUGCGCUCGUCGGCGCAUGCGCCGUGCUCUCCGUGGUGGCCGCCUGUCUGACAGCCGUGCUCUUUGCCUACAAGCUACUCCUGCUCCUGCAGCUUAUUGAGGCACCAGCUACAUCCGAGGUGACCCUGGAGAACCUCUCAGCCGUGCUGCUGAUCACUCUCCUGUCGGCUGACGUCAUCGCACUGUUCGCCACCCUGGCUGCCACGGUGUGCUGCGUGGUGUUCGUGUCUCGCACUCGGCGCAUGCGCUGUCUCACCGAGUACGAGGAGGCCGACGGUCGGAAGGAGUACGCGCCCGGUCUGCCGCCGCGAAGACCUCGAGGGGAACAGGACGUGCCCAUGCUGACGGCAGCGCGGUACCACACUACGGAACGGGAGCCUGUGUACAGCUUGCCGAACAAAAAGAGUGCCUACAGGGACGAGCCACGUCUCGUGAUGGCCCCCGACGACGCGCCAGUGCUGCACCUGGGCAGGCAGCCGCCGGGUACCGUCUACGUGCUGCCCCCUGGCAGCCUCGUCAUGAUCGACUCGCGCUGAAGAUAGCAGCCUUCUCGAAGAUUAUCCAUCUGUGUACGCUUCACUUUCGAACAUAACACGAGGUUUGGAUUUAGGAGUGGUCAGCAACCCGACUGGCGAAAGUUUUCAGAAGGGUUUCAACUUGGGCUUGUUGUUCCAUCUUGAUGGGGACUGAUGCGGACAAGAGACGGAAACCACAGAAAGGAACACAGAUAAAAAGACGAAGCGCGAACAACAGUUUAUUACUUACACCUUAUUUAUGCCAACGGUGUUAACCUAAACAAACAUGAUGCUGACGUACAUGUGUCUUACCAAUAUAUGCAAUUUCGUUGGUUGAAAACGACAAAGAUGCUGAUGCAUUUCUCUUUAAGACAUGAGAUUCUGUGAGCUUGAAUUAUUAUACGGUUGUUUCACUGCUGUCCUUUGCAAUUACGGUGCAACAUUAAAAUUCAGGUCCGCAACCUCUUACUAGCCACUAACGC